AUGAGAUAAUUUGAAGCCACCAUCCUCUUAGCGUUUGGAGUGUCCUUAGCUGCAGCAUCAUAGAGCGGCAUACAAAGGUUCAUUAGAACCUUGCCUUAAACAAAACAGAAGGCUUAUUCAUGCUCUACUGCUAUUGACAGAGUAAAAGCCCCUCUUCCAGACUAUAAGAAAAUUGUCUCAUCUUAUUCAAACUUCUGGAACGAUUCUAGUUUUCCAGCAGAUGGAUCAUCAAUCUCAUGGUAAGGAACUAGAUUCACCGAUAACAGAUUGAAAGAAUUCGUUAGCAACAAAUGGGAGAGAUUAAACAAUCUCUGCCCUAAAUGUACACUGUAUGGAACAGAAGAUUUCUUGAAUGAUGUUUCCCAAGGUGUAUUAGGAGACUGCUACUUUUUAUCUGGAAUUUCAGCAGUAGCAGAAAUCAAUUCAAGAUUUGAAAAAGCAAUCGUUAAUCCAUAAAUAAACUGGGCUGGGCUUUAUGCUUUCAAUGUAUUCAUUCGAGGAAUCCCUCAUGUUCUAGUUGUUGACGAUUCAAUACCAACUGGAAUUUACGGUAAAAAGCCAAUAUUUGCAGGAAUCGGUAGUGACAAUUCCAUUUGGGGUCCACUUCUUGAAAAAGCUUGGGCCAAAACUAAUGUUAACUAUGAAAUGACUAUUGGUGGGUAUCCAAAUGAAGCAUACACAUUCUUAACCAACAUGCCUAAUAUGCUAUACCUUAUGAGCGAUGUUAAUACAGCUAGCAUGUGGACUAUACUUAGCCAAGCUGAUGCUAAAAACUGGAUUAUGUCUAUCAAUACUCCAGCAUCACCUGGUGGAGAUAAGGAUUAUUGCGAAUUUAAUCUACCUUGCACUCAUGCAUAUUCACUACUCUCUACAGUCACAGUAUAUAAUAAGGAUAAAAGUCAGUCAUUCAACUUAAUAAAGAUAAGGAACCCAUGGAAAUAAGACUCAGGUUUCUCAGGUUCAUUCGCUGACAGCUCUCCUAUAUGGGAAACUGUUGGUCUAGGAGGAAAAACCUAUGCUUAGCAAGCAAAAAGAGUUAUUGCUGAUGAUGGUGUUUACUAUAUGACAGAUGCCGAAGUAAUGUCUGCUUUUUCUGCUUUUAAUGUUGGUGAAUACUAUGAUAACUUUGUUACUUCAUGGUAUGAUAAAAGAAACGAUUAAGUAGCAAAUGCAAAUUCUCCAGCUAUCUAUAAGUUUACCCUUAAACAAGCAACUCCAAUGUACAUUAGAGUAAUAACAUAUGAAAGAAGAAUGUAUCCAAUUUCUUGUAAGCCUGAUUCAACUGAAUUGAAACUCGAACUUGUGGAUGCUUCAGGCAAAACUAUUUCAUCUAUUGAGUAUGAAGAGGAGAAGCUAAAUUCAAUCAACUUAGUUAAUACUCCAUUAGCUACUGGAUCCUACACUUUGAAAUUCUCUCCUAAGUGGAAAGAUGAUGAUGUAAAAGAUUAUGGAAUUAUCAUAAAUGCUCCUAGAGACAUUGAAAUUAAAGAUUCUAAUGGUAAAACAAGCAGACUUACUGGCCAUGAUUUUGGUAGCAAAGGCUUAAAAGCUUCAGUAAAGCAAGCUCCAAAGCCAUUAAAGCCACUUCCAGAUAUUAAGUAAUCAGGACCAGCUUAUGAACUUACCGGAAAUCUUGAUUAAGAUAUAGUCAAGAUUAGAAAUUCAAAAUCUUUACCAAUUGAAAACGGAGAUAAUGGCUAAUUCCUCUCAGGAACUAAAUCAUCAACGGUCAGUGGGAAUAGAUAAGCUAUUGCUUAAUUCUUGGGAACAUUAGAUGAAAUGAUUAUCUACUAUGCAAGUAUUUAUGUUUCAACUAAGCCAGGUUACAAAUUUAAAUACUCUGCCGGAAAUGACAAAUGCUCAAUCACAAAGAAUUCUUCAACAGGCAAUGACGAUAUUAAAUGCGAUUGUACAAUUACGCCAGAUAAGUAUCCAAAAGAAUGCCUGCUCGUUCUUGUCACUAAAGAAGGAGAAGACCUAGAUUCUUACAUAGAUGCAGGAGCUUCCUCGAUUUGA